AUGAUAAGCACUAAACAUCUUGUUUCUACUACUACUAGUAAUGUCCUAUUAAGGCGUACUCUAUUAUCAACAGCAACAGUAGUAUAUAAUCCUAGAUCACUAUAUACAACAACAUCAACAACAUCAUCAACAACAACUACUACUACACCAAAUACCACUAAAGGCAAAGGUUUGAGACAUCUGACCUUUGAAAGAGAUAUAUACUAUGACUUGCACGUCAAGCUAAAUGAUGAGUUGGCUGUUCAAAGGAGAACAAUUGGCAUUCAUCAACAUGAUCAACCACUACAACAGUCUGAACAACAUGAACAACAACAACAACAACAACAGAAUCUACAACAGAAUCAACAACAACAACAACAACAACAGACAGAGAUAAAGGCAACAAAUGAUAAACAACUUCACAAAGACCGAAUCAAACAACUCAAAUCAUUGGGCAUUUCCUUUGACAACAAUCUAUUACCAAUCUCAGUGUCAGAGAGCUUGACCAAUGACCAAAUCACACCUUUCGCAUCGCAGAACAUGCUUCUCUACUUUGGUAAUCUUGUAUAUAGUACAGUGAUCUCAGAGGUUGUUAAAGAACACUUGGACACAGACAUUGAGAUAAAAAAGGAGUUCACUGCCAUUGCCAAGAGCGCCUCUUUCUUGAGUCGAAGAGCAGAUGUCAUUGGUUUGGCAAAGGUAAUGCGUAUGGAGUUUAAUGACAGGGAGUCAAGACAUCAGCAGACAUUCAUCGGUCACUAUAGAUACAAGUGUCUUGGAAAGUUCAUGGGUGCACUCUAUCUCGAGCAAGGCUUCGACGUUGUAAACAACUUUAUCCGAAGACAUGUCCUACUGCCGAGCAACACACCUCUAGAGUCCUACGUACUACAAGAGCCAGAGUCUCAAGUGAUUCAGAAGUUCUUCCAAUACAAGAUGGAACCACCCAUUAUAACUUCCAGGUUGUAUUCAGCACCAGUCUAUAGAUCAUCGAUUGAGUCUGGCAAUCAAAGAUUGGUCGAGUCAUAUGGCUGCACUGAACAAGAGGCCAGAUACAAUGCAUUCGAAUCACUACAGACACAUUGUUCAUCGCUUACAUCAAUUCUCACACUGUUGAUGGCUUCCAAACCAAAGAUUGACAAGUCCACUAACAUCAAUAAGAAGAGUACACGUCGAUAA